GAAGUCCACCGGCGUUCCCUCGAUUCUGCUCCUGGUCGAUGUGGGGCUCAUGACGUGGACUUCCUGCUGACCCACGUGGUGGAGCUUCCAGAGAAGAGCACCUACUCCGCCGAGGCCUUUAUGCUCGGCGAGUAUCGCAAGCACAACACCAACGGCGGGUUCACCAUGGGCCCACGACAGACGCCGCAAUCCUUCAGUUACUUCACCUUUAUCAAGUCGGGGAAGCGACUGAUGAUUGUGGACAUCCAGGGCGUCGGGGACCUUUACACAGAUCCGGUCAUCCACUUUCUCCCCAGCAAAGUAUCUGGGGCCCUGGCCCGUACCGACGAUGCUUUGAAUUUUGCCCUCCGUGGUUUCGCCCUAUUUCUGUGGAGCCAUCGGCGAAACGAUAUCGAUCAGCUCCUGGGGCUGCCGGUCUUUGGUCUUUCUCCUCACGAGGAGAAGUACCUGGCACCGAGCUCAACCAGGACUGUAAAGCAACUCCUCGAGGCCACACGCUCAAAGAAGGAAGCAGGUGGGAACGAAGUCGUAGCGCAGGCCGAAGAAGUCAGCUUCAGGAUCAACCUGACUGAGAUCCCAUUGGUGGACCUUUCGGAUUGGUGCGAUUGGCGCCUUGCUCGCCCCCGUCGUCGACGAUCCAUCUCGGGCGGAUCGCUGUCUUCGAUUGACCAGGAGCCCGGUGUCGAGGCUGAAUGUCAUCUCGAGAUUGCAGCCAUGUACAACGCUGGCCGCAUCACACUCCGCAGUGCUGGGCUUGGGGGAUGGGCCCACUGGGCAGGUCUGUCGGGCUGUAUAUGA